AAGAAAAGAAAAGAAAAAAAAAAUAACAAAUAAAAUAUAAACUACAUUUGCUACAAUGGGUAUUUUAGAGAAGAUCCAGGACAUUGAAAAUGAGAUCAAGCGUACCCAAAAGAACAAGGCUACCGAGUACCAUCUCGGUCUCUUGAAGGCAAAGUUGGCCAAAUAUCGUGUUCAACUACUUGAAGGCUCUAAAACAAAGUCAGAAAAGGGAGAAGGUUUCGAUGUUAUGAAAUCUGGAGAUGCUCGUGUAGUCAUGAUUGGUUUUCCAUCCGUUGGUAAAUCAACUCUGCUGAACAAGUUGACAACAACCGAAUCCAUUGCAGCAGCCUACGAGUUCACAACCCUUACAUGUGUUCCCGGUAAAUUCACACACAACGGUGCCAACAUUCAGUUGCUCGAUUUGCCCGGUAUUAUCGAAGGUGCUUCUCAGGGUAAAGGUCGUGGUAGACAAGUUAUUGCUGUUGCCAGAACUGCCGAUGUGGUAUUGAUGAUGCUUGAUGCUACCAAAUCUUCCCAACAAAGAGAACUAUUGGAAGCCGAAUUGGAAGCAGUCGGUAUCCGUCUCAACCAAAGAUUCCCCAACGUAUCAUUCAAGAUCAAAAAGGCGGGUGGUAUUAGUUUCAACGCGACUCUCAAAUUACAUUAUAUCGAUCAAAAGAUGGUUCACAACAUUUUGCACGAUUACAAGAUCUUUAAUGCCGAUGUAGUAAUCCGUGAAGAUAUUACUGUUGAGCAGUUUAUUGACGUUGUAUUGGGUAACAGACGUUAUAUUGACUGUAUCUAUUGUUACAACAAGAUUGAUCAAAUCACAAUGGAAGAAAUUGACCGCCUGGCUCAUGAGCCUGAUACUGUGGUCGUGUCUUGCGAACAGGACCUGAAUAUGGAUUACUUGGUUGAGCGUAUCUGGAAGAAAUUGAAUUUGAUGCGUGUGUAUACAAAAAAGAGAGGAGAUCUUCCCGACUUUGAGGAUGGCUUAAUUGUCAGAAGUGGAGCCACCAUUGAGCAUGUAUGCCACGCUGUCCACAGAAGUCUUGCAGAGAGUUUCAGAUAUGCCUUGGUUUGGGGUACAUCUACCAAGCACAACCCACAGCGUGUCGGUAUCAGCCACCAAGUACACGAUGAGGAUGUUGUCCAGGUGGUGAAGAAAUAGUUAAAUAAAUGUAUGAAUUAAGUAUUAAAAUUGAGGGACAAAGUUGUGGAUAACAUUAUUUUUUUUUUCAAUUUGUAAAAUCGAGCAAAGCAUAUCAAAACAUCUAAUAAAGAAAGAAAGAAAAAAUGAAGAGG